UCCUGAAACUUUUGUAGUGUCUUAUAAGCAGACAUCUGUCAUGUCUUGGCUUGCGGAUCUCGCUGGAAAGGCAGAGGAUCUACUCAACAGAGUUGAUCAAGGAGCUGCAUCAGCUCUGAGUAAAAAAGACACAGCAAGCAGUGCAGUUUAUGAUAAUAAGAAUUUGGACUCUGCCAAUGAAUAUACUGAAUUCCACCAGCAUACUGGAGAACUGAAACAUCAGACAUCAUCCAAAGCAGCUUACAUCUCCUCAGCAGCUGAUAAUAUUAAACAUCAAAAGGCCACAAUCCUAGCAGGAACAGCAAAUGUUAAACCAGCACGUAGGACAUCUUCGGAGGUUGCUUCUCCAGUGGAAAGUGUUUCCACACCCAGAGCUGCCUCACAUUUUGUGAGAAGAAAAAAGUCGGAACCUGAUGAUGAGUUGCUAUUUGAUUUUCUUAACAGUUCAGAGAAAGAGCCUAAUGGAAGGAUGGACUCUAAGAAAGAGAAGAGCAAGGGACCUGUUCUUCAAAAUCACUCUCGGACUUCAAGCAUUAGUUCUGCGUCUGCCAGUACACAGGGUGCAAAAACUACUGAAGAUAGUUCCAUCAGGAGCCAAGGCAAUGAAACUCCAGACAGUUCAGAUUCUGGGCUGGGAGCACAAGGAUAUGGUGUGAAGGAUUCAUUGCAAAGCGCAGUAACUAAUCCUAGCCUUUCAGCUAAUGAUGAUUUGAAAUCACAUGAGCUAUCCAAUCUUCGCCUGGAGAACCAGCUGCUGCGGAAUGAAGUUCAGUCUUUAAAUCAAGAGAUGGCUUCAUUAAUUCAGAGGUCCAAAGAAACACAAGAAGAGUUGAACAAAUCCCGGGAAAGGGUUGAGAAGUGGAAUGUUGACCAUUCGAAGAGUGACAGGAUGGUUAGAGAACUUCAGGCUCGGGUCGAUGAUCUGACAGAAGCUGUUGGUGCCAAGGAUUCACAACUAGCGGUGCUGAAAGUACGGUUGCAAGAAGCUGAUCAGCUCUUAAGUGCUCGGACAGAAGCUUUGGAAGCAUUGCAGAGUGAAAAGUCACGGAUAAUACAAGAUCACAGCGAAGGGAGCAGUUUGCAAAAUCAAGCCCUUCAGACUCUUCAGGAGAGGCUGCGUGAUGCAGACUCUGCACUCAAGCGAGAGCAAGAAAGUUACAAACAAAUGCAGAAUGAGUUUGCGGCUCGUCUAAGUAAAAUGGAAGCACAAUGUCAGAACUUGGCAGAAGGGGUAACUGUAGCAGAAAGAAAAUGUUUAGAGGAAAAGAGACGAGCUGAUGAGCUUCAGCAGCAAGUCAAAGUAACUAAAAACCACCUAGAAUCUGCAAAACAGGAACUGGCAGACUAUAAGCAGAAAGCUACUCGCAUACUCCAAUCGAAGGAAAAGUUGAUAAACAGCUUAAAAGAAGGCUCUGGUAUUGAAGGCCUGGAUAGCAAUACUGCAAGCACCAUGGAACUGGAAGAACUGAGACAUGAGCGAGACACUCAGAGAGAAGAAAUACAGAAACUAAUGGGGCAAAUACAGCAGAUGAGAACAGAGCUGCAGGAUAUGGAGACUCAGCAGGUGAGUGAAGCUGAGUCAGUGAGAGAGCAGCUUCAAGACCUACAAGAGCAAAUAGCAGUACAAAAAAUGGCCAAGCAAGAGGCAGAAGCUGAACUAGAACGGCAAAAACAGGAACUCCAUUAUACUGAAGAAGAACUAUAUCGAACAAAGAAUACUUUGCAAAGCAGAAUAAAAGACCGAGAGGAAGAAAUUCAGAAGCUCAGGAAUCAGCUCACAAACAAGGCUCUAAGUAGUAGUAGUCAGACAGAAUUAGAAAAUCGUCUUCAUCAGCUGACAGAAACACUAAUUCAGAAGCAAACCAUGUUAGAGAGCCUCAGCACAGAGAAAAACUCACUUGUCUAUCAACUGGAACGACUUGAGCAACAGCUGAAGGCUAUCCAAGGCACUGGUACUAAUGGACCUUCCAUUAAUAUGGCAGGCAUCGACAGUACUGAAGGUGCUCGUAUGCGUAAUGUUCCUGUCCUGUUUAGUGACAUGGAUGCUAACUUGGCAGGAAUGUAUGGGAGAGUUCGCAAAGCUGCCAGCAGUAUCGAUCAGUUCAGCAUUCGGCUGGGGAUCUUCCUAAGGCGGUAUCCCAUAGCAAGGGUCUUUGUAAUCAUUUACAUGGCAUUGCUUCAUCUCUGGGUCAUGAUUGUUCUGCUUACCUACACCCCAGAAAUGCAUCAUGACAGCCCCAGUGGGAGAUAGGCUGAGACAGGGCCGUAUGCUGUGCUAAUGUAAUUUGGACUGGCGCUGUCUUUAAUCAGUCCCAAAAUGUCAGCAAACUUUCCCUUGUGGUUUUUAGGAAGAAUGAAGACCAUCACGCCUGAUUUAUCACUACUCUUCAAAUACUUGUGUAAUACUCUGUAGCUUUUUCAGUUUACCUGAAGGAGUGACACUUCCCUGGAGAAAUACAGCUAUUAAGUUAAGCUAUGGUUAGCCUUUACAUUUUACGUAGGCCUU